AUGGACCAUCGCCCUUUGUUCCGUGUGCAGCCUUCGUCCACUGAGCUCACUCUCAGGCCCUCACCAGAAGCACUGACGGUGGCCCAGGCCUAUCAUGGGUCUGAGGCAUGGAAGGUGAAGGUGCCUCAAAAGGUGAAGGAGGAGGCGCAAGCUCGCACUCUGCAAGGAGGAGGAGAUCCCCACUGCUCCCAGCUGCUUCUCAGCCAAUAUGAGAUCCAGUUUGGGCAGUACCGGGGACAGACCUUCAAGUGGCUCCUGAGUCACGACGUGGGCUACGCUGUGUCCCUGCUGGCCUCACACCAGAAGGAGCGGGAGAGUGGUGACACAUCCAGCUCACCACUUAUGGCCAACAAGGAUGCCCUCACCUCCUACAGCAAGCUGUUCCCAGAGGUGAUGUCAGCCGUGGAGGGACGCCGUGCCACGGAGGGUUCCAAGUCUGUCCGGAGCCAAGACAAGAAGUUGGUGGAGUUCGGCCCCCACGGAGCCAUGACCUACGCCUCCAUGUACGAGGCCACGGGGAAAGAGGUUGAGACCUACGUGCAGUGGCUGAGGAAGAAGAAGUGCAUCCCAGGCAGCAACCUGCAUGCUUUAAAGACCUACAUACUGGGCCGGGACCAGGAGAAGAACCAGCAUCCCUCCCAGCAGCCCCAGUGCCCACCAUCUGACAAGGUCCCAUCUUCAGCCUCCACUCCUGUGCCAGUCGAUGACCUGGACCUGUCUUCCAGUGGUGACAGCGGCGUCGCCGUGCGGCCCAGGACCAGAGCUGCAGCCGCAGCUGAGGGCUGUCCUAAACCCUCGCGACCAAUUAGUGGCUCAGAGUUGCUGCCUCACAGCUGGAGGCAGACUCUGCCGGAGGAGCAGCAGGACUGGGUGGGCCGGGCUCUGUUCACCAGGAACGCCAGGGGCCAGCGUGUCCUCACCACCGACCUUCGCCUCUGGUGGUACCCUCCCGGAGCCCGGCCCCUCUACACCCAGACCCCUGCAUCGUCCCACGCCUUCUUCCAGAGGCCGUUCUUCCUGUGGAUGCCCUACAGGAUGUGGGCGUGCAGGCUUGUGUGCCCCAGCUGUGACACAAAGCUGACCGGCGCAGGACUGUACAAGACGGUGCGCAGGGUUCUGGACAGGGACGGCUGGUACUUUAUGGGCACAGAGUACCUGGAAUGUCGUUCCUGUGGGAAGAAGAUGGCCGCCUGGGUCCCGGACAUCAUCAAUCAGUUGGACCCGGGUCACCGGAAUCAAUUCCCGGCUGUACUCACCUACAAGCUGUCCUGCCACAAGUCUGUGAUCUCGCAGAUGAGGCAGCGGACUUUGGGCAACAGUGCGACCCGCCUUCGCAAACAGCUGAUGGAGGACCACACAGAGACCUGGAUGUCCUGCACUGCAACGUACCUCGGGGUGCUGAAGAAGCUGGGCGUAGCGGGUGCAGCAGUCAAGCCGGUGACUGUCCCACCCCUGCACCCGGUGCCCACCGUGGGCUGGCUCCUCUCCGUCUUUGUCAGGGACGCCCUGUCUAGGCUGGAGGCGACCAAGGCCAGGGUCACGUCUAUCUUCGGCAACAUUCUGAAGAUGGAAUCUACAAAGAAGAUGACCUCCAAGCUGGCUGGCAAAGCUGCGGGCACUGCAGCGUGGGUGACAAACGUGGGCAACGAGUACGGACAGGUGCUCAUGUCCGUCCUCACGGCUGCAGAGGGGGAUGGGCUUCUGCCCAUGGCCGCAGGGCUGAUGCGGCGGUACCGAGAAGCCCAGGUGGCCCCUCCAGCGGUGCUGUACGUGGGCCGUGACUGCUGCUCCCUCACUGGACGGACGGGCACAUCCGCCAUGUUCUCCGAGUGGGACCAGCUGGUGGUGAGGCUGGACGUGUGGCACCUUUGCCAGAGGUGUCACCACUGA